GAAAUGGUAGGUCCAUAUGAGUGAGAUUCAUUUUUGCAGACGUAGAGAAGUAGUCCUCCUUCUCUAUAAAACAAAGACGGACCAAUUCCCCAAGCAUGAUCUUUCCCCUGUUUGAGCUCACCACCUCUGCAGCCAUGCUCUUCCCAAUUCCGCCAUUCCCACUCUGCUUCUUCUUCUUCUUCGUUUUCUUCCAUGCUGUGAACUCACAGAAUCUGCCCGGGAAAUGGGACCUCCUCAUGGAGAACGCCGGAAUCUGCUCCAUGCACACGGCCGUCACCCGCUUCGGCACCGUCGUGCUCCUCGAGCGCACUAACAACGGCCCGACCCAGCUGAAGCUCCCCGCCAACAAGUGCCGCUUCGACCCCAACGAUCGCGUCCUCAAGCGCGACUGCUACGCCCACUCCGCCCUCUACGACCCCGCCACCAACCGCCUCCGCCCGCUCAGGAUUCAAACCGACACAUGGUGCUCCUCCGGCCAGUUCCUCCCCGACGGCACCCUCCUCCAGACCGGCGGAGACUUUGACGGAUUCCGAAAAAUCCGGCAAUUCCGGCCCUGUCCGGCGGACCAGCUCUGCGACUGGGUGGAGCUGAACCACACGGAGCUCGAAUUCGGAAGAUGGUAUGCGACCAACCAACUGUUGCCUGACGGGAGGGUCAUAAUCAUCGGCGGCAGAGCUGCGCACAGCAUCGAAUUCUAUCCCUCGAGUCUUCCCCUGGUUCAAUUUCCGUUCUUAGCGGAAGUUCAAGAUCCACAGAUGGAUAAUCUGUAUCCCUAUGUACAUUUACUACCCAACGGGCACCUGUUCAUAUUUGCCAAUACCAGGUCUAUAUUGUAUGACUACGCCUCGAAUCGCAUUCUUCACGAGUAUCCGAAAUUGGAGGGCGGGCCGCGGAGCUACCCGUCGGCGGGAUCGUCGGCGAUGCUGCCGAUCACCGCCGCCUAUGGGCACACCAAGGCCGAGGUCCUCGUCUGCGGCGGCGCUGCCUACGGCGCCUUCAUCAAGAAUGACGUCGACUCGCCCACGCAGGGAACUUGUGGCCGCAUCGUAGCGACUGACUUGAAAGCCUCGUGGCAGCUGGAGAUGAUGCCCUCUGGGAGAAUCAUGAGCGACAUGGUGAUGCUCCCCACCGGCGAGGUCCUUAUCAUCAAUGGCGCGCAAACCGGUUCUCAGGGCUUCGAUAAGGCGUCGAAUCCCUGCCUGAACCCUGUUCUUUACCGGCCGGACGCCGCGCUCGGGCUGAGGUUCAUGACCUUGGCGCCUACCACCGUGCCGCGAAUGUACCACUCGACGGCAGUGCUUUUGCCGGACGGUCGGGUUCUCGUCGCCGGCAGCAACCCCCAUUAUUCCUACAAGUUCAACGGGAAUUUUCCGACGGAGCUCCGGCUGGAGGCAUUCUCUCCGGAGUAUCUAUCCCCCGACCGCGCGAACCUCCGGCCACUGGUGCUCGAGGCCCCGGAAGAAGUGCGCUACGGGGCCGGCUUCACGGUUGUAGUGGAGACGGCGAUUCCGGUGGUGGAGGUGGUGGAGGUGAACCUCGCUAGCGCGCCCUUUGCGACGCACUCGUUCUCCCAGGGGCAGAGGCUCGUGAAGCUGGCCGUCUCCCCCACCGUGCCGGUGGCCGGCGGCGGGCGACUGAGGUACACCAUCUCCUGUACUGCACCGCCGUCAGCGAACGUGGCGCCGCCGAGCUACUAUAUGAUGUUUGCAGUCAACCAGGGAGUGCCGAGCGUCGCCAAGUGGGUCCGAGUCAGCCAUUGAGAUGAACAGGAAGCUGUGAUCCAUGGCGACUGUAGAAAUUAUCAGUCACUUUGGACUUUGGAGUGACGUCCAUUACUGAGAAGAAUCGCGUUCCCAUGCAUUUGUCACUUUUCUUAAGAAUGAUUGCAACUUGUAGAAAAAUAAAUCCUCUGUACCAUGUGUCCUAGGUGCACCCUUUAUAAAAUGUUCAUGCUAAAUGCACCAAGUAAGAUUGUCCAUUUGUAUUCACAAUUUCAUAUAUGUACGUUUAAUUACAUCCAAUUCAAACUAGUA